AUGGCGAUGAGGCUUGGGCUAGGUGCGGGUGCUGCCGUGCCUGGUGAAGUGUGUCCUGGCCUACGACCGUGCGUCAGGGGGCAGCCUCCCAUGGGAGAGGAGGGGAUGAGACAUUUCCAUGUUGGAUCGUUCUUGCUUACAUGCCGACAUGCCCACACAAGCGCAUCACUGACCAUCAAUGAGAACUAUGACUCAGAUGUGCAGGCUGACACUGAGACUUUUCUUAACAGAAUUGUUCCAGAGGGCCACAAUGCUCCUUGGAAACACACUAUGGAAGGACCUGAUGACAUGCCAGCACAUAUUAAAUCUUCUAUGUUUGGUUGUGCCCUAACGAUUCCUAUAACUGAUGGACGUCUCAAUGUGGGCACUUGGCAGGGCAUAUGGCUGUGCGAACAUCGUGACCAUGCCAGCCCUCGCAAAAUUGUGAUUACUCUCAACGGUCUUCCCCCUCAAGUCAUAGCUCGAGGAGGAUUCUCUGGCUUGUUUCCUGACUCGAGCCAGUUUGCCUACCAGUUUGCCUUGACUCCCGCCUGCUUGCCUGAUGUCGUUGUGUUAUGUGAUCUACAAUUGUCAAGCGACCGCAUAGGCUUCUGCAAAACAGGGUUGACCCUUGAUAACUCGACGACUGUCUCUGAGAUCUUCCCCAAGAUGGAAAGGGCAUACAAGCUGCACGGAGAAGAUGUCCAUGGCUGGUUCUCUCUAGAUUUCACCGCAGACCAGCUGGCGCAGAAUAUCACAUUGAUCCAGAACAUCUUUUCGCGCCCAAGCACAUUUGAUGGCUCCCAGAGGAUGUACACGCUUGAUGAAGUUGUUGAACUCCACCCCCCUCAAAUAUGGCUUAAUGUACAGUACAAUUCAUUCCUUUUGGAGCACAAAUUAAGUAGCGAAGAUUAUAUAUUAGAACUACCAAAAGAUACCCUCUCUUACAUCUCCUCGCCGGAGGUUGAAUUCUUGAAAAGCUUGGGUGGGAAGCUCAAGAAAGCCAAGACAAAGCUCAUCUUCCGAUUCCUCAAUGAAAACAUUGAGGAGCCUGCAACCAAGAAAACAUAUGGGGAACUUCUGAAAGAUCUAAAAGCCAUCAAGGAAUUCGCAGCUGGGAUUCUUGUGCCCAAGACAUACAUCUGGCCAGUGGAAAAGGAUCAGUACUUGGCGCCAUCGUCCACCAGUUUGGUCAAAGAUGCUCACGCCCUCGGGCUGGAAGUGUAUGCGUCCGGAUUUGCCAAUGAUAUCGUCUUGAGUUACAACUACAGCUAUGAUCCCACUGCAGAGUACUUGCAGUUCAUGGACAAUUCAGACUUCUCUGUCGACGGUGUGCUCACGGACUUCCCGGUCACCGCAUCAGGAGCUGUUGCAUGCAUGGCUCAUUCUAAGGGCAAUCCUCUACCACCUCCUGGAAAAAGCAGGCCGCUGAUCAUCACCCACAACGGCGCGAGCGGCAUGUUCGCCGGCAGCACAGAUCUUGCCUACCAGGAGGCGAUCAAAGAUGCCGCUGACAUCAUCGAUUGCACGGUUCAGAUGUCAAAAGAUGGAACGGCCUUCUGCAUGCACUCUGCUGAUAUCUCCAGCUCCACUACGGCGGCCACCGCUUUCGCGUCCAAAGCCUCCACUGUCCAUGAGAUCCAGAACAAGUCUGGCAUUUUCUCGUUCGAUCUGUCAUGGAGUGAGAUCGCAACCUUGAAGCCCGCCCUCAUCUCUCCGUUUGCUCAGGCAGGCCUGCAAAGAAAUCCUCUAGCGAAGAAUGCCGGCAAGUUGAUGACUUUGCCCCAAUUCUUAGACUUGGCCAAGGCCAGCAACAUCACCGGUAUACUGAUCGAAAUAGAGCAUGCUUCAUACCUCGCCAAGAGAGGGAUCGGCAUGGUGGAGGCGGUGUCUAGCGCGCUGACCAAGGCGGGCUACGACAAGGAGACCAAGCAGCAGGUGUUCAUCCAGUCCGACGACUCGUCGGUGCUCGAGGCGUUCAAGAAGUUCACGACGUUCAGGAGGGUGCUCAACAUCGAGGCCAAGAUCAGCGGUGCCUCCAAGCCGUCGGUGGAGGACAUCAAGAAGUUCGCGGACACGGUGAGGAUCCACAGGAACUCAGUGGCGCAGAUCACCGGCUACUUCAUGACGCACUUCACCGACACGGUUGGCAGCCUACAGGCCGCCAACCUCACCGUGUUUGUCGGCGUGCUCAAGAACGAGUUCAUGAACCUCGGCUUCGACUUCUUCGCUGACCCGACGAUCGAGGUCGCUACCUACGCUUUUUCGUUGGUGGCCGAUGGGAUCGUCACGGACUACCCUGACACUGCAUCUUCCUACUUCAGGAGUCCAUGCAGUGACAUGAAGCUGAACCUGAGCUACUCGAUCCUGCCUGCACAACCUGGCGCUCUGGUCAACCUGGCAGCCCCCGGGAUGUUGGCUCCGGCGGGAGCGCCAGCACCGUUGCUCCAACCCACUGACGUCGUGGACCCGCCGCUGCCUCCAGUUAAAGCUGUGAUCGCCGCCGACGCGCCAGCGCCAGGGGCGGCUGACAACACCUCCUCGGCGUUCAACUCCAACGCGGGGAACGGCCUCUUGUGGGCUGGCAUCGUUGCCCUCUUGUCCCUGACCUUUCUGCACUGA